AUGUCCAAACCAAGUCCUACAGAGGACGCCGCCGCCGCGCCCGGUAACGGCGAAGAAUUUUUAGAAUGUUCCGAUGCGGCACGAAGUGCAUCGGUGGAUAGAGUUGCUGUUCGCCUACCUCCAUUUUGGGCAGAAGAUGCCGAGAUUUGGUUUGCCCAAGUGGAGGCGCAGUUCGAGAUGUCGGGUAUAAAGUCUGAUGCAACCAAGUACUACCAGGUGAUCAGAGAGUUGGAUCAUAAAACGGCCAGAGAGGUUCGUGACAUCAUCACUCGGCCGCCUGCGACAGAUAAGUACAACAAACUCAAAAGCGAAUUAAUCAACAGAUUGUCAGUCUCGCGGGAACAACGUAUGCGUCAGCUGCUUACACAUGAAGAAUUGGGCGACAGAAAACCUUCCCAGUUCCUACGUCAUCUUAGGGCGUUGGCUGGGGACAGUGUUGGUGAUGAGUUUCUUCGUAGCUUAUGGUCCAGUCGCUUACCUACGCAUAUACAGGCCAUCAUAGCCUCUCAGAAGGAUACCAUGUUGGAUCAGGUAGCUAUUUUGGCUGAUCAAAUUUGCGACGUGGCACCGUCGCCUAUCUACCACCAGCAAGUGGCCAGCACUGAUGCAUUUGAAGGAAUGAUUCAACGAUUGGAGCAGUCCAUUACGACACGGGUUCAGAAUGAAAUCUCUCAGCAGAUUGCACAGCUAAAUAUUCAAACAUCUAAUAGAAAUGGAGCAUCACCAAGCCAGGUGGCAUUCAUCGAGAAGUCAAACAUAACACUGUCCACUAUAUUCGAACCACACCUGGACCACCUGUAUUUUGCAAACCGCGCCGACUCGCACCAGAUCGUCUCAUCAUAG